AACUCAGAGGGUGAUGACACUGCGGAAGUGUCAUGGCGCCGUGCAUCAUGCAGUGUCAGAAACAGCACUAGCAGCAAACUACUUGUAAAGACUCUUCUCUUGCAAGUUUUGAAUGAACAUCUAAUUAGGACAUCCGAAUAAUCAUAACUUUAGGAUGGCAGAUUCAGGUUCGGGCGACCCCAGUGGUCAGCGUGUGCCAACUCCUGGAGGGAGCAGUAUGGGACAGCUGAUGGGCCGUCGACCACCCACCGCCAUCUCCACUGGCCGUCUCCCCUCAAUGCGUUCUAGAGACCUCACCCUGGGAGGAGUGAAGAAGAAAACGUUUACACCCAACAUUAUUGGCCGAAAAGCGAAAGAGGAAACAAAAGUUGAAGGCGGGCAGAGGAGAGAGAGGAGGGAUGGAGAUCGAGGUCGAGGUCCAAGAGAUAGAGGCAGGGGCCGAGGUCGCCCAGAGGUCAUCCAGUCCCACUCUAUUUUUGAACAGGGGCCCGCGGAGAUGAUGAUGAAAAAGAGAGGGGGCUAUGAAAAUGAGAGAGAUGCACCGAGCGUUGGACCAUCACCCAUCAUCAAUAUUAAAAAGGAGAAGAGAGAGACUGAGGAAGAGACCAAAGAGAUUCUGCGCAAGCUGGAGCGAGAUAAUUUUAUAGACGAUCCCUACCUGAGGAGUGAGCAGAGGAGCUGCCCUGUGCAGCUUCCCCUUGCUGUAUCGGGAUGGGGAUUCAAGGAGGAGUUUACUCCUGCCGUUAAAAUUGAGAAGAUGGAGGACGAUGGUGAACCCAUGGAACCUGCAGUUGAAGUGAAAGAGGAAACUGACACAAAGAAGUCAGAUGGAGCUUGCAGGCCGCCUCCUCUCCCUGAGCCUGAGGUUCUUCCUGACCUGCUGCAUAGAUGGAGUCUGAGUAAAGGGGAGGAGCUGUUCUUCAUGCAGCUGCCGGACACGCUGCCCGGCCAGCCCCCCACCAUAGAGCACAGGCCUGUGAAAACUGAGGUGCAGUCGGAGGACGGACAGUCUGUGCUUCUGAAAACAGAGUCUCAGGAGGAGGAACAUGAAGAAAACAGCUGCAAUCUGAAAGACCUGCGGGAGGGUGUUGUAGGAAAGAUGCUUGUGCGGAAGUCUGGCCGGGUACAACUCAUACUGGGGCAAGUGACACUUGAUGUGUCUCUAGGAACAUCAUGCGCUUUCCUUCAGGAGCUGGUCUCUGUUGGUACUGAGGGAAGAACAGGCGACUUGACUGUAUUAGGGAAUAUCAAACACAAAAUGGUUUGCUCCCCAGACUUUGAGGCUCUACUGGAGAGCAGUUCUUGAUGCUCAUCAGAGGAGUGGAGGGCUGAGCCUCCUCAAGCCUAAUAGGUGAAUGCACUUGUGCACUUGACAAGAAGUUCACAUUUACUUUGGACUGUCCCAGUGGAACCUGACAUCCAAUACAAGUAUGAUGGCCAUUGAUUGCGCUUUUGUGUUUUCAGAGUGGCUAUAAUAAUAAAUUAAAAAACACUAUAUAAAUGAGGUUUUCUUUUCUUUUUGUGGAAUAAGCAUAUUAAUUCAGGGUUGAAUGGUGUGCCAAAAUUCAAUACUGUUUUCAGUUCUCUACAUCUGAAAUUACUUGACAAGACUGUACAUGGAUGUAAAUGUGUGAAUAAAAAAAGCUUUUGUUAUUCCA